AUGGCCAGGACAUAUCUCAUUCGUAAUGGGACUGUGGUAUCAAUGGACCCUUCCAUAGGAGUCGUUGAAAACUGCGACGUUCUAAUUGAAGGCUCGAAGAUCGCCAAAAUAGGGCCGAACAUCGUAACUGGCGACGAAGUCUCUGUGAUUGACGCCACCAAUUGCAUCGUUUCUCCUGGCUUCGUCGACACGCAUCGACAUACCUGGCAGACGCAAUUGCGCACAAUAACCUCAAAUGAUACGCUUUUUGAUUACUUCGUCAAGGUCCGCAAUGUCUAUGGCUCGUGCUAUACGCCAGAGGAUGCAUAUAUGGGAAACUACUGCGGUGCUCUCGAGUCUAUCAACUCGGGGAUUACAUGCCUCGUGGAUCACUGCCACAUCAUCAACUCGCCUGCCCAUUCCGACGCAGUUGUCAAAGGCCUCAAAGAUGCAAAAAUCCGUGGUGUCUUCUGCUAUGGACUUUAUCAGAACCCGCUUCACGAGGGUCGUUGUGAAGGGACUGCCAUAGAUGACAGUGCGAAUCCAGGCUGGCGAGAAGCAGAUGCUGCACGGGUCAGAAGAGAGCACUUCCCUUCAAAUGAGAAGACCGACUUGUUGAGAUUCGGCUUUGCUCCAGCGGAGAUGGAACGAUUUCCUCUUCCGGUAACCCUUGACGAGGUCAAGUUUGGUCGCUCUCUGGGUGCUGCAAUUAUCACUGGCCAUAUAUCGAUGGGCUAUCUCAACAAAGGUCUCUAUCUCGUACGUUCCAUGGCAAAGGAAAAUCUACUUGGUCCGGACCUGCUAUUCAGUCACGGUUCAGCGCUGGCAGAUGACGAGAUAGAGUCUCUCCGUGAAGCGGGUUCUGCCAUCUCUUCUACUCCCGACACAGAACUUCAGAUGGGCAUGGGCCAGCCUGUCUGUUUUCGCGCACACAAAAUGGACUGCCAUGCGAGCCUCGGUGCUGAGGCAAUGGGGCUUGAGCAUAUUAUUGGCAGCAUCACAGUUGGGAAACGAGCCGAUAUCCUCAUCACAUCUUGUGACUCGCUCCGGUUGACCCCUCUUCAUAAUCCUAUCGAUGGGUUGGUUUUGUACGCCAACGGAUCGGAUAUCGAUACUGUUCUAAUUGAUGGGGAAAUCGUAAAGCAAAAGGGGGCUUUUGUGCACGCUGACUGGAAGGCUGUUGGUAGCCGUCUCAGAGAUUCAGCAAAGGCAAUAAUGGAGCGAUCAAAGGCAAUUUCUAUUGAAAGGGUUAGAGCCAAGCUCCUCGCUGUUAUGGGAGAGGAAAUAUCGGAAAUAUGA